GUGACGUGCGAUGUCGAAUAGAAAGAUGACUACUUGUGUCUUGUAGAUUGUCAAAGCCAAAAAAGUGUUGCAAUGCCAAUGCUACAGAAUUAAGGAAUCUAAAAGUUUUACGACUUGGUCUAUUGAAACCGGAUAGCUGGGCGCAUUAAACCUCAAUACCCUUAUGGUAGCCUGGUGUCAGCGUUAUCUUAGCCGGAAAUCACACAUUUUGUGGCUACAACAAAACUGGGCUUGGUCUUGAAAAAGUUUAACCAAUAUAAACACAAGCUGCUCUGGAGUGAGAAGGGUGGUAAUUUUCAAGUUGCAACCAAUUUUCCCAGCUCAGAAGAAACACAAUAUGGCAUCACACUUAGAGCGAACUCCUAGUGCUCCAAAAAUUGCACCAAAACCAGGAAAAAUCAAGGUCGUGCGGGCCCUGUAUGCUUACACAGCGCAAAGUGCCGAUGAAUUGACAUUCCAAGAGGGUGACGUCCUCUACGUCUUUGACCAAAUCACUGAUCCUAACUGGUGGAAAGCAAAGUGUGGAUCAAAUAUUGGGUUAAUACCCAGCAACUAUGUGGAAACAUGCACUGAAGAAGUCCUUUAUCCCCUGCACGACGCAGCUCGACGAGGAAAUAUUAGCUACCUGAAACAGUGUAUUUCUGAAGGUGUCUCGGCAACAAGUCUCGACCACGCAGGCAACACAGCCCUGUUUUGGGCCUGCCACUCUGGACAAAUCGAGUGCGUUCAGGAGCUUCUAAAUCUCUCUGGCCAAGCCUUGGACGCACAGAACCGGCUUGGGGACACUCCAUUACACGCAUCCGCAUCACGAGGACACCUGGAGGUUGUCAACUUGCUUUUGGAGUCAGGAGCAGACGCCAGUGUAAGAAAUUCAGACGAGCUUUUACCCCAGGAUCUAGCCGCGUCAUCUGCAAUUAAAUCGGCAAUUCAGAGCAAACUUCUGUGCCGCCAGGGUUCAAAAACAUCUUUUAACUACACUCCAGACGAAUAUGAGGAUGAGGAAAUAUCUGACUGAUAAUAAAUAAUUCCAUAACUGCGCAUGCAUUAUUAUUGGUUGCGCUUUAGCAAAAUUGAAAAUUGCUGAUUAAUUUAUGAAUAGAUAUAAAUUUUUAUAAGUGGUUAUAAAUUGGUUAAUUAAAUUACAUGGAGUAAAAUGUGCAAUAAACUAUUUGUACCAUUAUAUUGCUAAAGAUAAAAUAUUUUUGGAAAAUAAGCUUUUGUGUGAUAUAUUUUUUGUUUGGUGUGGAACCAAAAUAGUUAAUAAUAAUGAUUAAGAGAGAAAAUUUGUAAAUAAAAAAGAAAAUAGUGGAAGAGAUCA